CAGUUUGAAAUUUAUGACAACCACCUAAACAAGAUGGCGACCUUGUCUCGGCGACUUGUCUCUAGAAGGAUAACAUGGAUCCCUUCGGUCUUUUGCAGAAAUGAAGGAACAUCAUCCACUCCACCACCAGCCUCUAAUAAGCCACCUCCAAAAGCAGAAUCACCCACAGUAAAGGGUCCGGAGCCAAUUCUCAAUCAGACUGACAAUACUAAGUACCAGGCAGAGCAGGUCCACCAUUAUAACCCUAUGUCAUUCUACGACGUUGAGGGUGAAAUGGAUGAACUCCGCCUCAAACAACCUUCCAACAAAGUGAAGUUUGAGCCCAGUGUGUGAUACAGUGUGUAGACAAUGAGACACAGGAAGGAUGGACACAGUGGAAUGUGAAUAUGUGCUAAAUAAAUUGACUUUUAUGUGGACGCGAACCUUGGUCUGUUUUCUACAUUAAUGCAUGUAGCUGUUAUUGUAUUUAUAUUAAAAAUGUUAAAAACAUA